GAGACACAACUCUCCUGCGCAAACGUGCAGUGCGCACACCAACCUCUCGGCGAGAAACACCGCUUGCGUCUGCGAGCUCACGACAAAAGUAACACUCAAAAUAAUGAUAACAACUUACCAGAAAUGGCCACGAGUGUGAAGUGGAGGUUGAAGCGUUAUGGGCGCUUUAUUCCAGGAACGGAUGAGACCACCAAGGGGGAACCAUGGAAGACAUUUGAAGCGAAGAAAAACGAACCAGAAAUUAUCCUCACAAUUGUGGACUACGGAUACUUGAUGGUCCUGCAUGGACAGCAAUGCUUGGAGACAAUUCCUUUGCACAGUGCCAGCGAUUUUCUCAAAGUCCAUCAAAAAUCUGACAAUCUGAUGAUUCGACAUACUAUAAAGGGAGCGAGCCGCCUGAUCAGGAUGCAGUUUGAUGGAAGUAACAAGGCGCAGGCCAUCAAAGAGUGCUCGAGUGCUGCGGAGCGACUCAGAGAGCAUGUGCCCGUCGGCACUCAAGACGACACCCUGCCGUCAAAUAAUCAGCCCCCUGCAGAUGACCCUGCGCCAGGGACACAGGGUGAGGCCGCUGGAGGCGAACCUGAGGUUGCCCAUGAAGGAUUGCUGUCCAUUCAGCGUCUUACCCAGCACCUGCUGGGAGAGACCCCGCUGACGCUGCCUCAACUCUACCGCCAAGGCUCCUGGGAACAUGGUGACCUGGAGGCCCUGCUACGCGUUUGUUUGCUGGAUCCCAGCUUCCAUGCUUUGGUAGAGCAGGUUGAGGGCGAACUGAAGAAAAUACUUGAAGAGUGAAUCAUCUCGACAACUGAAGGCAGAGAGGGGUCAAGUCAGCGCUGCUCUUUUGUGUUUGUUUUUUUUCACGCCGUUUGCCACGUAGGUGUUAACUUGCCGAGCUGCCAGCGUUGACUGGGUGGGUUGUGGUCGUGCGUUAGCGCUUUGGAAGUUCCUAAUGAUGUUAAAUUCACACGACUUAACAAAAAAACCACAACAAACAUUUUUUCAUGUUUUUAUUCAGAAAAAAAAUAUUGGUCUUAAUCAUAUGUUUGAUCGUGGCUAUAUACUCUGGUCCAUCUGCUCCCACGUUAAUGCAGGUCCAUUCCCACCGCAACACACAUCGGUACAUUGUAUUGAAAGGAGGAGUCAUGCAGCUACAGCAGUUCAUUUUGCUAUGCCAGCUUCCAAGGGGUCCCACAAUAUUAAAGCUCGACUGAUUAAAACAAACUGCCCUCCAUUUAUCUAUUCAAGAAUACAUUUUGCAUAGGAUUAUAGCCAUGCUAUAUAGUCGGAGAAAAUAAAAAAUACAAAUCAAUUAAAUUAGGAAAUAUUUAAAAAAAAUGUUUUUUUUUUACAGAUUUCCUAUCAUUUGAACACUCAUACUGCAACACAUACAAGACACUCUAAGUUACUCUCAAAAUAAAUUAAAGUAAUACACAUACCAUCAAUAUUUAGUUAGUUAAACACACAUUAAUCAUGUUUUGUAUUCACUCUCCAUUAGCUUUAAAUACUGUCUCGUCAAUGAAGCCCUUGCUUCACAAUAAAAGUUCUAUUAAAAGUGGACUUAUUGUCACAAAAUCAAACAUUAAAUGACCAUGAUAUGCUGUACAAAUGUUCAAGAGGGGGAAAAGAAGACAUUAUAUAUAUAUAUAUAUAUAUAUGUAUAUUUAUAUAAGGAUGACUAUAAAAAAUAGUUUGGGAUGCAGAACAAAAAGCCACACGAGGGAUAACAACAGAAGAUGUCUAUUCUGAGUAUCCUAUUGCGUUAUUUUGCAUGCAUUUACAUGAUAUGUAAUACAAAAGGGGACCAUCUCGUUUGAGGGCCGUUAUUCAAAUCAAUAAAGGAGACAUCAACACCACAUCAAAAAAUGUGUACGCCUCUUGGCGGCGAUUUGUAGUCACUAUUCGUCAUCCUGACAUCUCCACAUGACAAGGCAUGCUUAUUCUGAUUCCUUUGUUGCCAGUGUUACGCUGAUAUUGUUUCUCAUAAAAUGAGACAAGAUAUGCUUUAUUGUUUUCCUCAAAAUAGCCUGGGGCUCCAUCCACCUUUGAUGUCGCCAGAAAGAUUGCAGUUUAGCUGUCUCAUCUGCAAAGAGAAAGUAAAGGGAAGGCAUGACCAUGGUUAAUCCUUGCGAUGCGUUCUAUAUUUAGAUGUAGCCCCCCCUCUCCCAAUCACUACCCACGCGCUCUCUUACUUGAGUCCAUUGCUUAUUUCGUAUUCCUUUGGCGGACAUUUUUGUCUUUGUGGUUGUUUGUUGAAUUUGUUUUCCUGGGAAAGAAAAGGCAGGUUUAAAAACAAUAAGCAAGUCAGAGGAACGAUGUGGAGGACGAUUGACUUACAUCGGUCCUACUGGUUCGUCAUCUUUGACAAGGCAGGAGAUGGAAAAAACAAUAGUGGAGGGAAAUGUCAGUCAAAGGUUAAAAUAUAUAUAUAUAUAUUUACAACUGCCCACAGUGGAACCUUCAGAGUCAAAUCACAAACCGCUUCCAAAAACCAUUGUUCUUAUAGAAUAUUUUGCAAGAUGGAUUUUCUUGUUAACCGUUUAUAAAAGACAAUGCUUCUUUCUCAAGAACUGUUUUUAGAAAUAACAAGAAGGAUGGAUAGAUGGUUGAAGACAAUCAUGGCCAUUCCUUAGCUGUUCGACAAUUGUUUGAUGAUCGCUUCAUAGAUCCCCAGUAGCUUAAUGGUGUGGGUGUGUGUGACAGGAAGAAAAGCUCUGACUCACGAGGGGAGAAGGCAUUUGUCACACAGUGUUAAUUUACAUUUAGUGUGAUGUCCCUGCCUAAAGUGCUGAGUACCCAUUGAAGUUUCAUGGUAAAAGUGCACAGGUUUUGGAGUGUACAAAGUGUUUUAAGAGCAUAGGAAUUGUUUAUAAGUGUGUGUGAAAGCUGUGUGGAGGGCUGAAAAAGACUUAAAAUGCAUAUAAGAUUCAUAAAAAUCAUACAAUGAUGUUCCUAAAAUGCGGUCUGUACAAACAAAAAUACCUAAAGAAGCUUUUGCAACCUUGCAUGCAUGAGCUAUGUGGUCACCCAAUGAUGGCGAUUUUUCAAAGUUGAGCUACUAACGUGAGCAAUCAUUGAAUGUGUAUUUUGCCGUAACAAACAACACGACUGCAGAUUGUUAGUUGCUACUAUUGGUCUGCCGUUGUGUAUGUGCAGGCGCUCUCAGCAUACAGGUAUAUACGUGUGGACGAGAGCGGUAAAUGACAAGCCUGAAUAGCAGAAAAAUCCCUCCGACCGACAAGCAAUUUGUAUUGAAUAUAAUUAGUAAUUGUGAAAAAUGUACAUGUUCUGUUAAGCCACUAAUGGUAAUAUGAACUAGCUGGGGGUGUUUAAAAAUAAAAUGUUGAGCUACUUGCAAACAGCCCAGUUAAAUGUCCUUUAUUUGGGUCAUUAUGGUAAUUAGCGAGCUCAAACUGUAACGACUAUGAAACUGUUAAUUACUGUAAGGGAAACAUUUUAAGCAUAGUUUUGGCAUUCCUAACUGCCAUAUCUGAUAAAGAUAUACAGAUAUUACAAUAUACUGUAUGUAUACACACUGUUAGUUAUUUACUUAUAAAGAUGACUGACAGUAGGGCUGGGUGAUUAUACGAUCGUGAUUAUUGAUCGCGAUUGAUUUGAGUUCGAUCACGGUCAUCAGCUGUUGGCAUAUUUCCUCGAUUUUUGUGAGUGUUUGUGUUCGUGUAUGUGCGCGACCUCCUGUUCCACCCCGCGAAAGUCAGGCUCGUCACAACGUAACUGAUGUCCAAUCAGCGUUAUGCUUCUUCCCCUUACACAGCUUGGAAGUGCAAAAUAAAUAAUAAAAUAAAGAAAUAUGACUAACACUAGCAUACAAGUUGAAACAACAUUUGGAAGGAGCAGCGGCCUUAGUGACUACUAAGAGAAUAAACACACCCACUAAUUCAACCAAAAAAAAAGGCAUUUUAUGUCUAAAUAUUUUUCAAACAGACUUUGUAUUUGUCAUGUCUGUGAUUAUGUUUUGUUUUAGUCAUGUUCGGAUUUGGUUUUGGACUUUUUGUGCACUUUUAUUUGUCACCAUAGCAACCAUUAGUUUCACCUGGUUCACAUUGUCAUGUCACGCACCUGUUCACCUGUCUUGUCACGCACCUGUUUUCACUGAUCACGUCACUAUUUAAAUCUGUCUGUUUCUGUUGUUCGUGCUGGCGUCCUCGCACUUUUUCAUCACCCUGAUUCAUGUCAUGUUCACAGUUCUUUACCAAGUAAGUUUUUGUUUAUUAUUGCCACAGUUUGUGUUUUUGUUUUAUUGUUCAUAGUUUUUGCCAUUGUGCAAGUUUUGUUUUCAUAGUCUAGUUGUUACCUCCGCUGGGAGCACCUUUUGUUUGCUUCCUUUUUUUAUAGUUUAUUAGUGUCAAAAUAAAUCAUGUAUUCAAACUCACGUCUGGCUCGCGCCAACUUUCCGUUGCCUUCUGGAGAAACAAGACCCAAGAACCCAGUCCUGACAGUAGGACGCCAGCAUAACAGUUUCUCCAAACGAAAGUUGGACAGUUUUGACGAGGCAGCGUGGGAGGUCCUCCGCGCGAUGGAGACCGAGACGCUGCGCUUUUCCCCCAGGGAGCGCAGGGGGAUGAUGUGGGGGAAUGGAGGCAAGC